AUGGCCACCAGCCUCAGUCCAGACGAUCUCCGGCCGCCGAGCUCUCUGUCCACCCAGCAGACCACGUUGUUGCUAUUCCUUUCCGUGCUGGUAGCCGUGCACGUGGGCCAGUGGUUGCUGAGGCAGCGACGGCGGCAGUCCGCUUCCGCGCCCCCAGGGCCCUUUCCAUGGCCACUGAUUGGAAACGUGGCAACAAUGGGUCCCGCGCCACACCUUUCCUUCGCACGCCUGGCGCAGCGCUACGGCGAUGUCUUCCAGAUCCACCUGGGAAACUGCCCUAUUGUGGUGCUGAACGGCGAGCGCGCCAUCCACCAGGCCCUGGUGCAGCAGGGCGCCGCCUUCGCCGACCGGCCGCCCUUCGCCUCCUUCCGCGUGGUGUCGAAUGGCCGCAGCCUGGCCUUCGGUAAGUACUCGGAGAACUGGAAGGCGCAGCGGCGCGCGGCUUACAGCACGGUGCGCGCCUUCUCCACGCGCCAGGCACGCAGCCGCCGUGUCCUCGAGGGCCAUGUGUUGAGCGAGGCGCGCGAGCUGGUGGCGCUGCUGGUUCGCGGCAGUGCGGACGGCACUUUUAUCGAUCCGAGGCCGCUGACCGUGGUGGCUGUGGCCAACGUCAUGAGCGCAGUGUGCUUCGGCUGCCGCUACAGCCACGACGACGCCGAGUUCCGCGGGCUGCUCAGCCACAACGAGGAGUUCGGGCGCACGGUGGGUGCCGGCAGCCUGGUGGACGUGUUGCCCUGGUUGCAGCUCUUCCCAAACCCGGUACGCACAGCUUUCCGCCAGUUCGAAGAGCUCAACCGCAACUUCAGUAACUUCGUGCUCGAUAAGUUCCUGAGGCACCGGGAAAGUUUUCGGCCAGGGACUGUCCCACGUGAUAUGAUGGACGCUUUCAUCCUCUUGGCAGGAAAGGCGCCCAACGGCUCAAGCGACAGCGGCGCGAGGCUGGAUGUGGAGUUCGUGCCAGCCGCUGUCACCGACAUCUUUGGCGCCAGCCAGGACACCCUCUCCACCGCGCUGCAAUGGCUGCUCGUCCUCUUCACCAGGUAUCCUGAAGUGCAAGCUCGAGUGCAGGCAGAAUUGGAUCAAGUUGUGGGCAGAGGUCGACUCCCCUCCAUGGACGACCAGCCCAAGCUGCCCUACAUCAUGGCCUUUAUUUAUGAAGCCAUGCGCUUCUCUAGCUUUGUGCCCGUCACCAUACCUCAUGCCACCACCACUGAUGCCUCUGUCUUGGGUUACCACAUCCCCAAGGACACGGUGGUUUUUGUUAACCAGUGGUCGGUGAAUCAUGACCCAGUGAAGUGGCCUAACCCAGAAGACUUCAAUCCAGCCAGAUUCUUGGACAAGGACGGUUUCAUCAAUAAGAAUCUGGCCAGCAACGUGAUGAUUUUUUCAGUGGGCAAACGGCGGUGCAUUGGGGAAGAGCUCUCCAAGAUGCAGCUGUUUCUCUUUCUCUCCAUCCUGGCUCACCAGUGCCAUUUCAGGGCCAACCCAGAUGAACUCUCCAAAAUGGAUUUCAGUUACGGCCUGACCAUUAAACCCAAGUCAUUUAAAAUCAAUGUCACUCUCAGGGAGUCCAUGGAGCUCCUUGAUUGUGCUGUCCAAAACUUACAAGGUGAGGAAGAUUGCCACUGA